ACAUCAAAAGUUAUGGCCCCUCAUAAAUCGCGUAAACAUACUCGCUCUAAUCAUCUAUCAGCGGAAGAAAAUCUUGAUAAUUUCUUCAAAGAACACGUUAAAUAUUUACAAAGAGAAAAGGCGAGAGUAGAAAAAUUCGAACGGGGUCUUUCAUGGUAA